UGCUCGGUCUCUAUUCUGAUGUCUUGAGUUGGAUGCAUGAGUUGACUGUAUUGAGUAAGUGGUUGAUGUCAAGUCUAGGUUGGUUGGUGAACAGAAAGGAGACUCUUCCUUUACUCGAUUUUGCUGCACUCGAAUGUCCUUUGUGGUGGUUGUCCAGGUUGCUAAUGAAGUUGCUCAUGUGUUGAUGUUUGGAAACCAGUUCAAUUCACGUGUUCUCAGCCUUUAUGACUUGUCCCCAAUGUUGAUUGAUUGAAAUAUGUAAGCUUACCUUGUGUCUGACUUGGUUUGCUUGGGGACAAGCAAACGGUUAAGUGUGGGGGAGUUUGAUAGACCGUUAAUUACACAUGUUUUUACCCCUGUUCUUACACCGUUUGAGAUAUGAUUUCUUGUGUUUUAGGCCGAUUUCACGCUAGGUUGUGCUUGUUUGUGAUAUUUCAGGUCCUAGUAUGUGAAUGAAGGCUUGGGAGCGAGUUUGGGGUCGAUUGGAUGAAGAUCGGACGCGUGGCGAGGUGCUAAGGAAGCCACACGGGCACACCCACAAAUCACACGGCCGUGCAACGCAUAUUUCUGGCCGUGUGUGUUUUGCCGAGAGCAAACACGGCCUGCCCUGACUUUUCGCACGGCCGUGUGACGAAGUGCUCUGGCCGUGUGACUUUUGCCGUGAGCAGACACGGGCAGAUGGAAAUCAAACACGGCCGUGCCAUUCUGGCCGUGUGAGAUGCCUGAAGAUCGAACUUAAUGAAACGCGGCGUUUUGACUCACACGGGCAACUGGGUAUGCCACACGGCCGUGUGGCCCUGCCCGUGUGAGUCGGGAUUUCCUGGUUUUAACCCAAUUCCGGGCUGCAAGAGAGAGGAUCGGACUUUUUGAGCAAAAACAGAGUUUUAGAGAGAGAAAGUGCGAAGAACUCACCCUAGAAGCCAUCUUGGAGCUGGGUUUCAUCAAAUCAAGCUUGGAGAUCGUCCUAGGAGUGGAAAUCAUCAUCCCGGAGCAGAUUAUCCUCAUCAUUAUGAGUAUGACUACUCCGAUUACUGUUUUCUUUUCUCUCUCUAUGGAGUAGAACCUCUCUCUCACUUGGGGAUGAAGAACCCUAGUUCUAUGUGUUAGGUGAUUGAUUGUAAUAACUUGGGAUGAUAUUACUGUUUGAUUUUAAUCGAAUGAUGCAUGUUUAUUGAGUCAAUUGAAGUCUGAUCAACUUUUCCUGAUUCCUGCUGCAAUCUGAGAUAGAUAGAAUCUGAUUAGGUUGCUAGAGUCUCAUCAUUCGAUAGUAGGAGAUUGGCUAUACGAGAGUUAGCCAGUUUACUGCUUUGUACUGGAAUCUAAUUCCAGUAGUGAAUUUCUGUUCUUACUGCUUCAGCUUUCUAUCCCGGUGAAGACUAGUCGUCUGCCGGGUAGUUAGACUGAGAGGGCUUGGUUAGCUUAAGAGAUUCCAAGCUACUGCCGGAUCUUCCGCAGUCUAAUCAACAGUAAAUCAACCCAGGGUAAAUUGCAAUUGAAACCUAACUAAAGAGCUAGGGGGAUUCAUUCCCGAGUGACUCUUUCCUGCUUAAGAAAACCGAAUAAUUUCCUGCUUUAUUUCUGCUUUUAGUUUAAACAACAAUCACUUACUCUAGUUGGCUAGAUAACAGAGAAUCACUGAGUAAGCAGUAGAUCUAGAGCCCGGGUUGAUAAUAUAACUUGCCUGUUACUGCAUUCCCGGUCUGCGAUUACACUUGGUCGCAGAUUGGUGUUGUGUUUUGGCGUGUCAAGUUUUUGGCGCCGUUGCCGGGGACCCUCUAGGUUAUUGGGGAAAUGUGAGAAUUUGUUACUCUAGCUUUUUAUUUACUGCAUUUUAUCUCUUCCACCUGUGUGCCUUCACGGGUUGUUUCUGCUGAUUGUGUGCAGGUAGUGCAUGACCCGUAGCCAGUCGGGAGAUCUACUACCACUAGACCAGGAGCUUGAACAAACCUGCAGAAACUUCAAGCGGGCUCUAAAGGCGCGACUGGCUGCGGAGGAGGCGCUAUCACAGCUGCAGUUAGAGGAGGAAGAAGAAGAGAUGGCUGAACCAGGGAACCAUGAUAUGAUCCCUGAGGAGCAAACCAUGGGAUCCUACUGCACCGCCAGAGCUGCGGACAUGAGGUCACCCAUUCAGCAUCCUCAUGUCCCAGCCAACAAUUUUGAGGUGAGCACCUCAGUAAUCACCAUGCUGCGCGGUUCAGUGGUGUUCCGUGGUAAGGAGGGGGAGUGCCCCCGAUCACAUCUCCGGCGAUUCCACGAGCUCAUUGAUGGAAUCAAGAUCAAUGGGGUACCCGCAGAUGCCAUCCAGCUGAGGUACUUCCCAUUCACUCUGGAGGGGCAGGCAAAGGAGUGGCUAGACACUCGACCUCCAGGCUCCAUCACCACGUUCGCCAACCUGGCGGACAAGUUCCUCACCCGCUACCAUCCUCCAUCCAAGACGGCGGACUUGCAGAAGCAGAUCACCCACUUCACCCAGGAUGAAGAUGAGACCAUCCGGGAUGCUUGGGAGAGAUACAACAGUCUCUUCCUCAGAUGUCCCAAUCAUGGUUUCAACGAUGCUUUCAAGGUGGGAACCUUCUAUCAUGCCCUCUUCCCGGAGGACAAGCAGCUGAUUGAUUCUGUCUGUGGCGGGAACAUGCUGACCAAAACACCGCCACAGCUGAAUCAACUCUUUGAGGAGAUGGCGGAGAACGGAUACGAUUGGGGCACUGCUAGGAGAUCGAGACGAGCACCAGGACGGGGUGUGCAUGCUGUAGGCACCCAGUCAUCUGAUUUGGUGCAGGUGGUAUCGAAGCUGGUGUCAGCUAUCGACCGUUCUGGUUUGAUUGCAGGUACAGGCCAGCCGCAGGCGAUGCUCUGCCAGUGGUGCGAGAGCACCCAUCACAUUGUGGAAGACUGCCAAGCGAUGAAGGAAUCGACAACACCCCAGGAGCAGGUGAACUUCAUCAACAAUGUUAGGCGCAACGACCCCUACAGUAACACCUACAAUGAGGGGUGGCGCCAGCAUCCUAACUUCUCCUGGGGUGGGGCAAAUUCCAGACCACCAGUUCCCCAGGGACCACCGGGCUUCCAGAGGCCACCAUAUCAGCCCAGACAGGGGAAAUUCCAGCAGCCACAGCAGUCUCUCUAUCAGCCCAUGCAGGGGCAUGCUGCUCCAUCACAGCCGCGACCUUUCCAGCAGCCAGGUGCAGCCCCUGCCGCCCCAGUGCAGAAUGAUCAGAUGGCUGAACUGCGGGAAUUGGUGGGUUCUCUGGCCACCUCCAGUGCGAACAAGUUCAAUAACAUCGAGCAAUUCAUGGAGAAAGCUUCAGGCAAAUUCUUGGAGCUAGAAGCUGGUCAGAGAAAUACACAGGCUGUGCUGCGGGAUAUACAGACCCAGCUUGGGAGUGUUGCCCAGGCUGUAGCACAAAGGGCCCCUGGUACCUUGCCCGGUCAGACCAUUCCUCACCCUCAGAACCCGAAUGAGCACUGCAAUGCCAUCAUGACCAGGAGUGGCAAGAUGACUAUUGAUCCACCUGCUCGGGAACAAGAGAGAGAGGCCCCUGCCUCGGCAUCUCCAGCAGCUGAAGCAGAAGCCGAGAAGGAGGUUGAGGUGCCUGCACCUAAACCGCAACCAGUAGUGAAGGAGUAUAUCCCUAAACUCCCCUUCCCUACUCGGUUGCACAAAGACAGGCUGGAGGCAGAGUUCGAGAACUUCAUGGCCAUGCUUAGGAAGCUGAAUGUUCAAGUGCCUUUCCUGGAGGCACUAUCUCAAAUGCCUAAGUAUGCGAAGUUCCUGAAGGAGCUUCUUUCAAAGAAGCAGAAGCUGAGCGAGCUGGCCACUGUGGAGCUCAGGGAGGAGUGCUCGGCCAUUCUGCAGAACAAGCUUCCGCAGAAGCAGAAGGACCCAGGUAGUUUUACUAUCCCGUGCUCUAUAGAGAAUUUGCAUGUAGAGAGGUCCUUGGCGGAUCUAGGUGCUAGUAUAAAUGUUAUGCCAUAUAAGCUGUUUAAGAAACUAGGCCUAGGUGAACCCCGUGCUACUAGGAUGAGUCUUCAAUUAGCUGACCGAUCUGUAGUGCAUCCUAGGGGCAUAGUGGAAGACCUUCUGGUUAAGGUGGGCAAAUUCAAUUAUCCUGUUGAGGAGCGACGCGCUUCCCAGGAAAGCCGAAGGAGAGAAGCGCUUCCCAGAAAACUGAGCAGCGACGCGCUUCCCAGGAAGCCGAAGGAGCGAUGCGCUUCCCAUGAAGCCGAGGAGCGAGGCGCUUCCCAGAAAACUGAAAGACUAAUGCGCCUCUCAAAAGGCGAAGUACUAAGCUUCCUAGAAGAGAACAGUUGAAAUUGCCUCACACAAGUAAGACAUUAGCAAGACACAUGACUUCCUGACAGCAUGGACGCAACAUUUGUGUGACACGAAACAAGAGCGUCUUGAGUUAAAACUCUCAAGCCGUGGGGGCCACCCUACCUAGGUCGCAAAUUAUGGUCUACUAAGCGCUAACAACAAUGGACUAGCGAAGGAGCUCUUAACGACUUGAGAGCUUUGGUUCAAGACAUCGAAAGCCAAGCAAGGGGCAAUGGAAGUGAUCACGCAACUCGCACAAGGGGCAAACCCCAUCAUCCGAAUUCGUAAGUAAGGCAAAUUAAUACACGAUUAACGCAUUA